ACAUACCAGGAUCCAGGAUACUUAAGCGAAUUAUGAAAUAUGAAUAAAGGCGGAGCCUCCCUAUCCUCACAUUCCUCACUAGCUAUAAUGUAAUCAAAUGGGAAUCUUGGCCUGCUGCUGCUGCCGCCUGCAGUGCCUGCUAUAUUCGCUUUCGCUAUAUUCAUUUGUUUUUUGUCCGUCAACAAAAGGUGCAAAAGUGAACGAGAGCAAAAACCAUACAACACAAAUUUUUCUUUCCAAUCUUCAGACGUUCUGACUCUUUCCAGUCUUUCCUGUUCUGCACGGUUAUUUUCCGGUGAAGGACGGAUGGCCGGAUUCAUUGGGGUCCACAUAGGCGCUGGUCAGCAUAGUGAGAGCAAAAAACAAGAAUACUCAAAAUUGUGCAAAGCUGCAUGCAGAGUGGGGUGCAAACUAUUGGCUGAAGGCAAAUCUGCUUUAGAAGCAGCCACAGAAGCAGUAGCUGUCCUCGAGAACAGCCCCUUCACCAAUGCAGGCCUCGGCUCCAACCUGACCUGGGAUGGAACCGUCGAAUGUGAUGCUUGUGCCAUGGACGGUACCACUGGGUUGUGGGGUGCGGUUGGCGCAGUCGGAACCAUUAAGAAUCCCUGUCGAGCUGCCUCAAAGCUUUGUUUAGGCCAAAGGGUGGAAGGUACACUUGGCAGAAUUCCACCCUGCGUCCUUGUUGGACAAGGGGCCUCUGAUUGGGCAAAAAAGCAAGGAAUCACUAGUGUUGACAGUUCAGCUUUAAUUCAUGCCAGUGCUCUCAAGAAAUACAACAAGUACAAAAAGCGAAUUCUAAAGUGCGAAAAAUCUGCAAAAUUGAAUUGUGAUGAUCUUUGUUCUGACACCGUCGGUGCUGUCUGCAUAGACAAUUUUGGACACACAGCUUCUGUUUGCUCAAGUGGAGGAAUAGUGCUUAAGAACAGUGGACGCUUGGGCCAAGCGUGCAUGUUUGGUGCAGGAUGUUGGGCAACUGACGGAGAUGCAAUUCAUCCAGCGGUUGCAACUUGUACGACAGGUUGCGGAGAACACCUUAUCCGAUGUACGCUUGCCAAAAGUGUGGCUGACAAGCUAGGCACUGGCCAGUCUCAACCAUGUGCCUCCCAUCUUCACAAUGUCAUGGUCAAAGAGUUCCUUGAAAAUCGCCUUUUGCAGGAAGUAGAGGAGAAAAUGGGUGGUGUCCUAGCUCUUGUGUUCAGUCCACGGGAUGGUUGUGGUGAACUAUUGUGGUGCCACUCAACUCAAACAAUGGCCCUAGGCUACAUGCAAGUUCAUAUGAAACCAAAAUUCAAGCUGUCGCAGCUACCAGCGGGGAAGGUUUUCGGCAAGGGAUUAAUUGUAGAGGGAACUACUUUUGUUUUCCCCUCGGUUGAAGACAAAAUAGUUUGAUAGCUUUUGAUAAAUUUUUAUUUUCUCAAAAUCAGUGGUAUAAGAAAUUAUUUUCUGCAUCGAUGAACUGAUUGUUUGAUGAAAAGCAUUGCAUUUCUGCUCCAAAGUUACUGCUCCAGUAUUUCUCAGACAUUCUGUCAUCUUGUGAAUAAUCUUCAUCAUUCUCCAGAAGGGUUUGGAGAUAUUUGAUAUAAUUGAUUGCCAUUCUGUAAUUAAUUUCAAUAAUUUUAUAUAAAUAUUGAUAUUAAAAUCAUUGUCAUUUUACCUCAGUGAUUCAAUUUUUGACAUUUUCUUCCCGAGAGGUUUGAAAGUAGGAAGCUUUCCUCUUAGUAACUCAAAUGCCUUGUUCAUGUCUCGCAUGCGGACACGCUCUCUAUCGCUUGCAGAUUUCUUUGGGUCUUUGGGAAAAUAUUGAAAGGCGUGGAAUGUAUCGAGGCCAAGAUUUACCUUUGUUUAAAAUAAAUGGAUUGCAAAUUGAGCUGAUUUUGACUUUGCCAUCCCUCUCGAGUUGCACCAGCUCUGGCAGAAAUGAACUUGCUGUACCCUCUGUAGGCACUUCUUCCAGUUUUAGUCGCAGAGUGAGAUUGUUAAAUUCCAUUCCAGCAAAUGUGUAAUGCAGCUCAGCCUCGAGUAUACUGCCGCAAUAUUGUAGUACAGCCAAGCAGGUGGUUUGUUAUUAAUCCUCCAUGUAUUAAUUCGAAUCGCAGCUUAUAAUGAUGAGGGCUCCGUAUUAAAGAUCAAUUUAGUCAUGGAAGAAGUAAAUAAAUCCACAAUGCAAUUAAUCAUAAGUCUGAUAUUUAUUAUGUUAUAUAUAUAGCAACAAAAAAAUAACAAUUUCAAUUGAGAGUGUUUUCUUAAGCGAAUAAACUAUUGGCU